UAAGAACUCCUAUAUACAUGCAGUGUCAUAGAGUGUAUUAGGAAUAGAUAAUGAUGUUCGUGGUCGCAUGCAAUGCAUAAAGAUGUCUCUUUCGAAAUAUUUAACAGAAUAUUUUUCUGACGACGAAAGCGGGGAAAUAUCAUCCACUGAUGAGGACGUGCAGGUCAUACAAAAGUCUGCAACCUGGCGCCCGUCAACAACUUUAUCACUAAAUUUUUGCGCUCACCUGUCAACUUCCUUAUCAAAAGCGACGCCAUAUCGUGCCGUUGUCUUUGACACUGUUGUUACAAAUCAUGAUAAUGUGUACAACGUGACAACGGGACGCUUUACAUCGCCGUUUAAAGGAAUUUAUGUUUUCUUCGUUACAAUAACCAGCACUGAAAGACUGAGAGAAACGUUAUGCUUUAUACACAAGUUUCAUCCCGUUGAUCAAGGAAAGGUGAAGGAAAGGGAGCAACUGGUUGAGGGAUUUAACACAAAAACUAUAGCAGUUGUGCUUAAUCUUGAGAAAGAAGAUGAAGUAUGGGUACUAAAUGCCACCAAGGUGUCAGAAGUAAGCCAAAUGCACGAACCCUACUAUACAUCAUUUUCCGGAGGAUUAGUUGAAAAACAGAGCAGCUUGUGAUUUUGACUUUCAUACACUGAAAUAAACAUGCUUAGACAAAACCUAAUAUUAGUUAUUUUACGAUGUGUAUCAACAUUAAGUUUGUUUGAAUUUAUAUCAACAACUUUUACUUUUAUUUGUAAGCAAUUGAAUUAGAGUAGUGAGGAAUGCAAUAACUCUGACAGCCGUAUUACCGUCACAGUGCAAAACAUGUAACAUAGUACUGAGAGAACAUCUUAUGAUUUUAUAAACUGUAUGCUUUCAACAUUUUGACAGUUGUACUAAUUCAGACAAGGAACUUUAAUUAAUAAAUUCACCCUAUAAUAGGGAAAAUGGACUGUGGACAACUUCAAUAACUAAAUUCAUUGUGAAGGUAAUAGUUGAUUUUUAUAACAAAUUUGUAAGGCCACACCAAACUGAUUACUUGGUCAACGGAUUUCCUGCUCCAUUUUUUUUCUAAAAUAAAAAAUUUAUAUAUUUUUUUUGAAAAUCAGCUUCCGCUCACUUCAGUUUUUGCAGACCGACUUCAAAAUUUCAGGGCGGGCGUUUUUCCCCACUGUUUAGGGGCCUUAUUGUCACUGUGAAGAGACAGUAAUUCAUAAAUUUUAAUACUUAGAUAACGAAUUGUUGAAAUAACUUUUAUUUUAAGGAAUGGUAAAUUGCUUCUUUCAGCUAUGUAAAAUGAUCACAAUUUUCUGGCGGAGAAGGGGUACGCACAUGGAACUUUAUUAGGGCAAAGGAAUCAUAAAGAGCUUUCAAAUUCACAAUCCAAGAAAACAUACAUUAAAGGCUUACUUUUUUUUUCAAGUAGAGUUGAAAUACAAGAAUAUUAUUCUGGGAACAGUUUGUCAUUAAACCUUCAACAUUUGAGCCGUGCC